AGGAGUCAAAAGAGGCGUAAUAAAUAAACUAACGCAUUUUCGAACAAGUCCAUAACGUUAACAUUCACUCAAUAUCACACACUCUCUCUGUGUUCAUUAUUACUCUCUCUCACGCGCUCUCCUCUUCCCUUUAAAAACACUCUCACCAAAACUAAAAACUGACAAACAGAAAGAAACAAAGAUACUACUAAAAAAAAACAUCAAAACAUGAGCUACACUUUCUUUCUCCUUCUGCUCACUCUUGUCCACUCCACAUUCUCUUCCUUAGCUCCAACAGACCGAGCCGCACUCGAAUCCAUCAGAGACUCUUUAACCGACAUGCCCGGCUCAGCUUUCUUCUCAACCUGGGACUUCACAGUCCCUGACCCUUGUUCCUCUUUCUCAGGCCUCACUUGCAAUUCUCUUGGCCGUGUCGCUGCCUUAUCUCUUGGCCCUAACCUCUCCGGUUCCCUCUCGCCUUCCAUCUCUAAUCUAACCCAUUUGAACCAACUCAUUCUCUACCCUGGUUUAGUCACCGGACCUCUCCCUCCUCGGUUCGAUUCCCUCCCUCUCCUUCGAGUCAUUUCCUUAACCAGAAACCGCUUAACCGGUCCUAUACCCGUUUCUUUCUCAUCUCUCUCAAACCUCCACACUCUUGACCUUAGCUAUAACCAACUCUCAGGAUCUCUCCCUCCCUUUCUCACUACUCUUCCUCGACUCAAAGUCCUUGUUUUAGCUUCAAACCGUUUCUCUCAAAACCUUAAACCUCUCUCUAGCCCUUUGUUCCAUUUUGACCUUAAAAUGAACCAACUCUCCGGCGAACUCCCACCCGCUUUCCCGACCACUCUCCGGUACCUGUCUCUCUCCGGAAACUCAAUGCAAGGCACAAUCGAUCCCUUAGAGCCAUUAACAGAGUUAACAUACAUCGAUCUCAGCAUGAACCAAUUCACCGGCGCAAUCCCACAAUCACUCUUUAGUCUCACAAUCUCAUCAAUGUUUCUACAGCGAAACAACUUCACAUCCAUCGCCACCGGGGCGGCCACGUCGUUAUCUCAGGGUUCCAUUGUUGAUCUGAGCCAUAACUCUAUCUCCGGAGAGUUACCGUCUUGGAUCGUCGGAGCAGAGUCUCUGUUCCUCAACAAUAACCGUUUUACAGGAGAUAUUCCAGAGGAAUACGUCAAGAGUUUAAUCAACGGUACAACGAAAACGCUAUUCUUGCAACAUAACUACUUGACGAGAUUCCCUUGGAACUCUGGUUUUCAACUACCAGACUCUGUUUCGCUCUGUUUGUCCUAUAACUGUAUGGAGACGGAUCCUGUGGUCGGUUUGUCCACGUGUCCAAUCGAAGUCGCACCUCUGCUCUCAAGGCCUGCUAUACAAUGUUCUCGCUUUUACAAUCACAGCUCCACUGGUUGAAGAUUUUUUUCUUUUUUUUUUUAGGAAAGAAAUUUGCUGAAAAAGACAAGUUUUUUAAAAUGUUAUCUACAGAAAGAAGAACAAAAUAUGGCAUUUCUGGAAAUUGAACCGUUGUGUCUCGUAGUGUUUUCUUCAAAAAAUCAAAAGUUCAAAAAGGAUAUGUCAAAAGUGUGGUCCUCACGUGUAAUUAGAUUGUAGUGUUUAUGGAAUAUAUAAUUUAUAGAUUGGUCCUUUUCUCUGUUUUGUUUUUAUUUUU